AUGGUUCCACACAGUUUUAUCAGAAAUUUGCUGAAGAGCUCGCGAAUACUCGCUCGGAGCAAACCAUUAAAGUUUACAAACCUCGAAUCAAUAAAACUAAGACCUCCAAUAACUCCAACUGCCAAUAACUUCGAAGUAUCACCAGAUCAUCCAUUAUGGCAAUUUUUUCCCCAAGGUAAUAAAACCACAUCACCAAUAAGAGAAUCAGAAGAACUAGAUUUAGACUCUAGAGAAUGGACCAGUGCUGAAUUACGUUCCAAAUCAUUUGAAGAUUUACAUAGAUUAUGGUAUUUAAUAUUGAAAGAGAGGAAUAUUCUAGCUAGAGAAGUUAGAUUAGGAGAAAGUAUUGGUAUGGCUGAUUUUAGACAAUUUAAUUCAGUAGAUAAUAAAUUAAUCAAGAGUCAAAAGAGAAUAAAACAAGUACUUUUGGAAAGACAUAUUGCUUUUGAAAGAUCUCAAGCUAGUCCACAAGUUGAAAAUGAAAAAAAUGAAUACUUGAAAGAGUUUGAAAAUAAAUAUAUAACAUGUGAUUCCGAAGAAAUUGGAGAGAUGGACUCAAAAUUAUUAAGAUUACAAUAUGCAUUUUUUGGAAUUGAACCAGAACUAGAUAUUGAUACUUUAAAAGAUGAUAUUGAUGUAAAUUUCAUAAAAGGAGUAGAAUAUACAAGUAAAUUAAAAUUGGGGAGAUAUUUACAACUCAACCCAGAUCUGGAUUUCAAAACACCAUUGAAUGGUCCAAUGGAACAAUUACCAUUCUUUUUAUAUGAUGUUGAAGAAGCUAUAGCACAAGUUAAUGAAUUAAGAGAAUCUGGACAAUCUCGUGAACUUUACAAGAUUGAAGUAAUACCAUUUUUGAAUAAUGCUAUAAGUACACAUUUGAAACAAGCAGCCACAGAUAUUGAAGAUAUUAGAGAAUAG